AUGACGCAGCCACUCUCGCAAUCGCUGCGCGCCUUGAUGGCUCACCAGAUCUUCUCACCCAACACCAACGUCGGCAAGACCCUGAUUGCCGCCGCCCUGUGCCACGCAGCCACCUCUGACACCACUUCAACUUCAGCUUCAACUUCAACCACAACUUCAUCUACAUCAACCAGCACCACAAAGCCGCGUUCGCGUGUGCUCUAUCUCAAGCCCCUCCAGACGGGCUCCAACACGGACUCGGACGAGGAGUUUGUCACGCGAUUUGCGCCGCAGAUCGAGGCCCGCACGCUGUUCAAGUACGCCGCCCCAGUCUCGCCACACCUGGCCGCAGCCAUGGAGGAGGAUACCCAGCAACCCGUGACAGACGCACAAUUGGUCCAGGCGGUGUCAUCGGCAAUGACGCAAUUCCGCGAGAGUCUGCGCGACGAAGCAGACGGGCUGCGCUGGUGCCUCGUCGAAUCGGCAGGCGGCGUGCUAUCCCCUGCAACGUCCGGCACGCCCCAGGCAGACGUGUUCCGUCCGAUGCGGCUCCCCGCAAUCUUGAUUGGCGACUCCAAGCUGGGCGGCAUCUCGGCCACGUUGUCUGCGUUCGAGUCGCUGAGCCUUCGCGGCUACGACGUCCCUUGUGUCGUCAUGUUCCACGACCGCGAGCUUGAAAACGACAAGACCAUUGAAAAGCAGCUCCGUCACAUGAAGGUGCCCGUCUGGGUUCUGCCACCACCCCCACCGCGUCCUGCGCCCAUCACGCUGGCCUCGCCACCACCGACGCGAGGCGCCUCUUCUUCAACACCGGCCGCGACCGAUCCGAGCGCGUCGCUCAACCCGACCGAAAUUGACACGCGCAACUUGCGCCAGUGGAUGCGGGACGCCCAGCCAACGGCGCUUGCGAUUCUGCAGUUUUUGAGCGAACAGCACUACCUGCGCUGGAAGAGUCUCAGCCUCCUUGGCAUGCGUGCGUCUGCGUCCAUCUGGUGGCCCUUCACCCAGCACAAGACGCUGUCGUCCAUCAACGUGAUUGACAGCGCCUAUGGCGACCACUUUUCGCUGGUUCGUGAUGGCGAGUCUGGUUUGGCCAGCAAGUCUGGUAGGGGCCCAACCGCUCCUGCGGGCGCGGAUCCCGGGUUUAUUGCAAACCCCACGAUUGUUGAAACGUUUGAUGCCUGCGGAAGUUGGUGGACACAAGGCGUGGGCCAUGGCAACCCUCGGCUCGUGCUCGCCGCAGCCAACGCGGCUGGCCGUUACGGUCACGUUUUGUUCCCGGAAAAUGCGCACGAGCCUGCCGUCGAUUUGGCCGAGAUGCUUUUGGAUGCGGUCAAUCGGCCAGUGUCGGCGAACUGGUGGCGCGCGCUUCCGCCCGCCAACGCCAACGACGCCCAGGGCAGCAGCGGCAGCGGCGGCACCAAUGUGGUAGCAGACAACGAGCUCGCUCCUUGGGCUACGCGCGUCUUCUUCUCGGACGAUGGCUCCACUGCGAUGGAGAUUGCCCUGAAGAUGGCGUUUCGCAAGCGCGCCAACGAUCUCGGGCUGGCGUCGCAGAUCGCCAAGACUGAGCUCAAGGUCAUUGGCAUUACCAACGCCUACCACGGAGACACGAUUGGGACCAUGGACGCUGCCAAUCCCACCGUGUUCAACUCAAAGGACAACUGGUAUCGUGGCCGUGGUCUUUGGUUUGCACCCCCGACGAUGCGCUUGUAUCGCGGCCAAUGGCAAAUUGUCCUGCCCGAGCACAUUGCUUCGUCGCCUGUCGCCCAGUCUACUCGCACAGUGCCGGACUCUGAGCUGUCUCUACUCAACGCCGAGGCCGCGUUUGACUUGCAACGCGACGCGAGCUCGUUGGCGGCGUUGUACACGAGCUUUGUGAAUGCUGCACUCGACGGAGCCUGCAACACGGCGCCCGCUGCUCUCAACAACACUGUGGUUGCUCCUGUGGAUGUUGAUGGAAGCGCUGGUGGUGGUGAUGGUGGUGGUGGUGGAGUUUCCGGUGUGACGGCUUUGCGACCCCCCACCUCGGCGUCUGCCGCUGCGUUUGGUGCGCUCGUCCUCGAGCCCAUCUUCCAAGGCGCUGGCGGCAUGAUUAUGAUUGAUCCACUGUUCCAGCGCGUUUUGGUGCGCGCCGCGCGCAGCCGUGGCAUUCCGGUCAUUUUCGACGAGGUGUUUGUCGGCUGCUACCGGCUCGGUGUGCCCACGACCAGCCGCUGGCUCGGGGUCACGCCCGACAUUGCUUGCUAUGGCAAGCUGCUGACAGGCGGUCUUGUUCCUCUCGCAGCGACCCUUGCGACCGACGCCAUCUUCAACGCCUUCCGCGGCGACGCCAAGACGGAUGCGCUGCUUCACGGGCACUCGUACACGGCCCACCCGGUCGGCUGUCGCGCCGCAGUCGAGGCGCUUCGCAUCUACCGCGAGCUGCCGACGUACAACCGCAUGCAGGACCAUCUCCAGCAGCAGUGGGAUCCGGCGCGCCUCGACACCAUUUCAAAGCUUGCCCAAGUCGAAAGCGUGGUCGCCUUCGGGUCACUGUGCGCUGUGACGAUGGCGGCGCCGUCUUCGGGAGACCACGCUGGCUACAAUGCCACCACCGUCAGCUCGCGCGUCGUUGCCAGCCUUCGCGAGCUCGGCGUCUACGCUCGUCCGCUCGGCAAUGUUGUGUAUGUGACUGCCUCGCCCACCUCGUCCGCGGCUGCAUUCACCGAGUUGCUCGACAAGCUGUUCACUGCCAUUUCUGGCAACGUGUUGGUCAACCGCAGCGUUGUUGAGCAAAUGGCCCGCACAGUUGUGUGA